CGCAACCCAGGCAGCCUCAGCAUGUCUGCCCCACGGCAGCCUCCGCGAAUCUCGCUUUCGCCCAGACAAACACCCUCCCUGCAGCAAAGGCGGCCCCAGAAGCAACCAAGGCAAAAGCGGCAGCUCCCCAGCUCCCCCGAUCUUUAACUCCCCGAGGGAGCCCUGCUCCUGCUCCCGUUCCCGCUCCUGCUCUUGGGUAAUCCUUGAGCCUAACCUGAUGACCCACCACCCAACCCUACUCUCCAGGUUGCCUACCACUACUUCAGGACACAGAAGUGUUGAUACCAGCUCUGCCAUGAAACCGAACUUAAAACAAUGGAAACAACUAAUGCUCUUUGGGAUAUUUGCUUGGGGUCUCCUUUUUUUAGUGAUCUUCAUCUAUUUCACAGAUAGCAACACUGUAGAACCAGUUCCAAGUUCCUUUUCAUAUGUUGAAACUAAAAGGAUCCUGCCUAUUCAAGGAAAACAGAGAUCAAUCAUGGGCGCCAUGCAUGACCCAUCUUUUUCUGCAACCAUCGAUGGGAAUGAGGUGCUCCUCAAUGGAGAUCUUUUUGAUUCAUUUAACUCAGGUCCCAACAGUCUUCAGAAAUGGACUGAAAUGAAAGAUGGUUUGGAGAAUGAAGAAUUUUUUCCUUCUCAGAUGAGAAAAAAAUCCCCACGCAUUUUCUAUCAAGGGGAUGAUGACUAUUUUUUUACUAUGGGCCAACCUAUGUCACACAGCCAUGGCCAACAGAUGGUGAAGUUCAUCACCCUCAGUGAGGAGGACCAGAAAGGGGGCAUCAGACACAAUCAAAAGAAAAUCAUCUCAAGGCACAGGAGAAGUCAGUUGCCCCACAAUUGGGACAGACUCUAUUCGACCAUGUCCAAGUCCUUUCUCUAUCGACUUUGGAAAGGAAAUGUCUCUUCAAAAAUGCUAAAUCCACGUCUACAAAAAGCAAUGAAAGAUUAUCUUACCACCAACAAGCAUAGGGUGAGAUUUAGGGGAAAGCGGAACUCCAAGCUGACAAGGGAACAGCUAUUGUGUGAGCUCAGGGACCGAGUGACUGUAAGGACUCUGGAUGGAAAGGAGGCCCCUUUUUCGGACCUCGGCUGGGAGAAGCAUGUCCCUCAAGUGCCCCUGAGCAAACUGUAUCCUCAAGGUUUGGGUAGCUGUGCAGUAGUCAUGUCUGCAGGUGCAAUCCUGAAUUCUUCUCUGGGGGAAGAAAUAGAUUCUCAUGAUGCAGUUUUGAGGUUUAACUCUGCUCCUACACAUGGUUAUGAAAGAGAUGUUGGAAAUAAAACAACCAUGCGCAUCAUUAAUUCCCAGAUUCUGACCAACCCAAAUCAUCACUUCAUUGAUAGUUCAUUAUAUAAGGAUGUCAUUUUAGUGGCUUGGGACCCUGCUCCUUACUCUGCAAAUCUUCACAUGUGGUAUAAGAAGCCAGACUACAAUCUCUUCACUCCCUAUAUUCAGCAUCGUAGGAAGAACCCAAAUCAGCCCUUUUAUAUUCUUCAUCCUAAAUUUAUUUGGCAACUCUGGGAUAUAAUCCAAGAGAACACAAAAGAGAAGAUUCAACCAAAUCCUCCAUCUUCUGGUUUCAUAGGGAUACUUAUCAUGAUGUCUCUGUGCAAAGAAGUGCACGUGUAUGAAUAUAUUCCAUCUGUACGACAAACUGAUCUUUGCCACUAUCAUGAACUAUACUAUGAUGCAGCCUGUACUUUGGGAGCCUACCAUCCCCUGCUCUAUGAGAAGCUGCUGGUGCAAAGGAUGAACCAAGGCAUCCGGGAUGACCUGUACCGAAAGGGAAAAGCGAUCCUGCCAGGGUUUCGGGCUAUCAGCUGCCCUGCACCUGAUCAUUUUCCAAAUCCUUAAAAAAAAAAAAAAAAAAAAAAAAAAAGAAAAAAGAAAAAAUAGAUUUGCCAGAAAUAAUGUGCAAUAAGGUACUACUGUUGUACUCUACACAACAAAAGAAUACUUGAAGAUAUAUUUUAGACCAACAUAGUCUUGAGUCUUUAAAUUGUAAUUUAGAAGUAGGCAUGAGGAAUCUUCCCUUCCUAAGCCAUUGAAUAUUUAUUACUGCUUUGCAAAUAGUUAAAGGAAUACAUUAACAGUAAAGCUUAGCUCAAGAAAGAUACAAAAUGGUGUAGCUAGAAAAGAAAAAUCAAUGUAUUUCCGUGGGUGUGACAUGUCAAAAAAAGUUUAUACUUUCCCAUACCCCAUGUGCUCAUUUUCAGUAUGAUUUUUCAGUCAUAUUUUUAAGAAAUAUACCUGAUAUUGGGAAAUGGUUAUACACAGCAAUUCAUAGAUCGAAAGACCUUUUGAUAUCAUCAGUGGGAUUGCUUCCUCCAACCAUACAGAUGGAAACCUUUGCACGCUUUCUCAUCCUGCAUUAUUUUUAUCCAUAAUUUCCCCAAAAAUUCUCCAUAGAGAAUAUACUCAGUUCUCUCUAGCCCUUUAUCUUAUUUUUUUCUUUUUGUUUUGUUUUCAGUAUCUUGUAAACAACAGCUUCCCCCUGAGUUAUCCAUCUGUUGUCUCUCAUUUUUGUUCUCCAGGUGAUCCACCUUUUCCCCCAGUCCUAGGUAAUCUUCUGUGUCAUUUAUUUAAAAUGUCAUCUUUUGGAACAUUAGCCUGCUUAUACGUGCUGUAUCUCUUUUGGUUUGUUGAUAAUUUUCAUUUUCUGUGACAUACAUGUAUUUCUUGGUGACUGUUACUGGGAGAAUAUUGGUCUGUAAGAAAUUGGCUUUUGCAAGUGGCAAGCAGUUUAGGAUCAGUUAAAGAACCCCCAGUGUCCCAAAUGCAAACCAGCUUAAUCCCUUUCUUACAUAUGCACAUUAAUGUUCAUUUUAAAGAGAACUUUACGGCCACUACCCAUAAAUAAUCCCAGUCUUGUGCACAUCAACAGCAAGAAAACACAACUUUUUCACACAUGCUUUACCACCACUUCCUGCCACCCAAAAUCCUGGCACUUUUUACCAAUUACUAAAUUCUUAUUUAAAUGGAUUUUUUUUAUUUUUAGUGGCAGAAGCAGUCCUUUAUUUUCAGGCCUUCACAUGCAUUUCCCUUUUAUCAUCCCCAGUGUUUUUGUUCCAUGUUUACAUAGUUGAAUUUCUAAAACUAAAUAAAAUAAACCUCAUGGAGUCUUAAAGAAGGUAGGUUUCAGAAGCAGAUUCUAUUCAAUGAAGGGUUGGUGUCCACUUUAUUAGAAGGAAUUUGUUUUGUUGCAAUAUUUUCUUAAAGUAAUAAGGAAAAUAUCAAAGAAUAAAAUGAGGAUAUAAAUAGGGAGGGUCAUUGAAUUGCAUAGGAAGUUACUUUGCUCAGGCUUCUGUCUUCACCUCAAUAGCCAAGGUUCUGCUCUGUAGCCCAUUUGCACUUAGUUUUCUAUUCUGA